AUCUAAGCUCGCAGCGGUUACGCAGAGAGGCGGCGUGCUCGCUCCUGCGGACUAUCGCGUUAUCACUAUAUCCUUCGGGGAGGUAAAUAAAAGGUUUUCCCCACGCACCAGUGAUGCAAAGUGUGUUAGGUGAGCGCAGCGGCCAGCAGCACGGGGCUUUGGAGCGCGGAGCCGCGUGCCGGCGGACUGACAGGGAGCAGCUGGUGCAUUCUGGACCUGCUGGACGUUAGACCGGCGCGCAGGUUAUCUAUCCCACAAUGCUUUUAAAAGAUGAUGCACCUUUUCGCGAAUGUUGCAGAAAACGGGUAGAGGACUGUUUGCCUUGCUGUUGAUAGUGCUGGAGUGGACCCGCCCAGGCCUACCAUCCCCACUAAGGCCAAUCUGUGACCUGAGGGUCCUCAACCAUUUCAUACAGGAAGCACGAGACGCCGAAGUCGCCAUGAAGUCAUGUAGUGAAGGAUGUGGCCUGUUGGAGUCCGUCUCUGUUCCACAAACUACAGUCAACUUUGAUGACUGGGAGAAGAAAAAUGCACUGGAACAAGCCCAGGAAGUGCAGAGUGGCUUGUGGCUUUUACAACAGGCUCUCAACUUACUACGAGCAUCAGUCACCAACGCAGCAAUAAACAACCACGUGGACAACUCCAUCAGAAACCUUCUGAGCAUCAACGCUGUGCUGCGCAGCCUCAACUUCCAGGAAUACACCCCACCAGCAAGUGUAGUGGGACCAGAGGCGACGUGGAGGGUGUCCUCAGCGGCAGAGCUGCUUCAAGUUCAUGUCAACUUCCUGCGAGGGAAAGUGCGCCUUCUUCUUUUGGAUGCGCAGGCUUGUCAGCAAGAUGUCAGCUGAUCAGCCGAUCACCCAACUCCAGGCAGAAGAAAUGAGUGUUUCCAAAAGCACGCGGAGGAAUUUGAUGCUGUUAAUCUGCACCAUAGAUGCUGGAUGGAGUGUGGGAAGAGAAAGACAUAGCAACCCUCACAUAUAAGGAGGAAGCUUAAAGAAAAGGGCAGUCCCAGAAAGACUUUGGACAGGAGAUGACUGCACCUUGGAAUGUAGAUGUGACAGGUGGACACAUUAAAGCACAUACUGACCAAAACCAUGCGUUUGGGAAGCACUGCUCCAAUAGCUGUUCAACGGGCACUCACUUGCACUUUGUGUGUGGAUGUACUUGUGUACGCGUGAAUGAGUUCAAAAUGAAAGUUAAGUGUGUGUUUGAAGCCAUUUCCAGUGAGUUUGACCCUGUAGAGUGAAUUACGGAGUGAAACCACCCAGAAGAUAUUGAUUGCACCUGGAAGUUGCAGGAGUGGGAGGUUCCAGAGGUAAAACGAACACCUCUUCCCACAUUAAGGGAAUCCCUCUGCCUUUAAUUUCCUUUCAACUGUUCCUCACAGAAAUUUUCGUUGUCUCUCCGAAUUGAUCAGUAAAUAUUGUACUAUUUUUAAGUAGUUUAAAAGCUAUUUAUACAGAUUUUCUACUUUUAAUCUCUAGUAUUUGGGUUGGUGGCAGAUCUUUAAAAUGAUAUUGGGUCGCUUUUUCCACAUUCUGUUUUACCACUGAACAUUUGCAAAUGUAUUCUCAUCAUCAUGGCAAGCUGCUCAUCUUUUAUAUCUAUAUAAAUAUAUACAAAGUUUGUAUGUUUCUGAACCACUGGGUCACAAUGGAUGUUCUCUCUGAUGUUUAAGUGUGGUUUCAGUCAGAGCAAGAGGUCGCUGUGGAGGGUCACACGAGAACUGUGAAACUGUUAUCUGUGUUUUAAUUUCUGACCGGUUUCCAUGCUCUGACGGGGAAAGGCUGUCUGGACAAAUUUACAAUUAACAUCCUGCGGAGUUGUAAUUGCAAAUAGUUUUGGAGAACCUGAUGCUAAACACCACCCCCCCCCCCCGCUUGUUUGUCCUCAGAUGGCAGAAAGGCAAUCAGCUGGUCCUGGGAACUUGAGGCUUUCUGUAAAAGGGAUGCUCAGUUAUUUAACGUUAGUUAAGUGUUCUUCCUUGCUUGUUUCCCGUAUUUUUAUAUUUUGCUGCGCAAGUACAAAAUGUUUUUGAGGAUGUUUGUCCAGUUUCUUUCCUGUUUUUCCUUUUUUUUUGUAAUGUUUUGUCUCAUCACUGUAAAAUCCACUAUUUAAAAAACAAAAUUUGUUGUUGGAUAAAGAAAAGAUAGAUGGAAACACAAGGGGAAGUCUGUUUGCUUCAUCCAUUAUCUGCCUUUUUAGGGUCAGUUGAGUGAAUGAACAAUAAUAUCUAUGCAGCAAACCGUAAGAGCUAGUUAGUAAUGCAAACCCUGUUGUGUUUUACAAGCCUGUUUAUAAAAUCUUCCUAAUACUGACGCAGUUGUAAUAUUUAGAGACAUUUAAUUAUGCUUUAUUUGAUCAAAUUCAAAGUUUUCCACCACAGUAGGUUGUC